GAGGGAGGCCACGAGAACCUCCCACGGUUAGCCUGACGGCAAGGGGACUCUAACCCACGAUCCGUCUACCACUGAGGAUAUUUCACCUCAGCACUGUGGACGGUGCAAGCCGGAAGAUAUUUGGUUUUGUUAUUUCUCCCUGUCCUUUUUAUUCACCUCUAUAUUUAAUUAUAAAUUUAAUGGUUUCAUUUAAUAAUGAAAAAAUUUAAAUGAGCAUUUGAUAAUAUUUUCUUCAACAGGACAUUGAAAGAAGAUUUUUAGUGCAAAAAUCUAUGCAUGAAGAUCUCUUUGAUUUGAAACAAAGAUUAGUUAAAUCUCUUAAUGAAUUGAAAACUCAAAAGAAACACCUGGACUCCAGAAUGGCAAUAGUAAAAGGAGUAAACAUUAUUGAACCCAAAAAAGAUAUGGUUGACGAGCUACAAAUAACCAAAAGUAGAUAUGAAGAACAAGAAAAGAGACGAAGCAAUGCAAAACUAGAGCUUGAAAAACUAACAUCCUUAUUGAAUGAAAUGGAAUCUCAAGAACAGGUGUUAUUACAAGUAUUGGAGGAACACUUUCCUGAAGUAAAUGUUUCAUUAGAAGAAAGGAAUGCAUCUGGAACUAUCAAGAAAAUAGAAAAAAUACUGCAAACCAAAUUAGAAGGAAGAUACAAAUAUUAAAAAAUAUUUUUUAAAAAAAAUUUAAAGUUAAAAAACUUU